ACCGCCUCUCUCUCUUUCUCUCUCUCUCUCUCUCUCUCUCUCAUUAGUAUUAGUCUUUUUUCCUUUCCUUGAGUAGGAGUGACAAAAUGAAGACAUCUUACAUUGUUGCUGUGUUUUCGGUGCUUGUUCUCCUCUUGGGGUAUCAAGCACAGGUGACCAUGGCCGUUGUAUGCAACCCAUCGGAGCUGAGCCCGUGUUCCAGUGUCAUCUCGUCAUCCGCGCCUCCAUCGAAGUUAUGCUGCAGUAAGAUACAGGAGCAGAAGCCUUGCCUUUGCCAGUAUGCCAGCAACCCUAACUUCAAGAAGUUUCUUGCCUCCCCCAAUGCCCAGAAAGUUGCCACCACUUGUGGGGUUCCAAUCCCUAAGUGUUAAAAGCCCUACAUUAUAUUAUCAUCUUUGCGGUUGCGGAGAGAAUGAGUUUUUCCACCUUAUGUUUGGUGUUGUUUCUAUCCUACGUCUCAUAAAGGUUCCUAGCUCUGUAUGGGCAGGGUAUGCACGAGUUAAUUAGAUAAAGUAAAUAAUCUCAUUCUCUGAUGUACUUAUAUAUGGUACAGACUUAAAGCUUGUGUUGUGUGCCGUGUUGAAGUGAAGGUGUUUUAUGUAAUGGAAUAACUUAAUUUGUGCUC